AUGUUACAUUUGCUUAUUCUCAGCUUAGCAUUACUGCUAGCCAUUAGCGACGCAAGAAUAACCACAACACGUCUGCUAGCACUCGAUGGUCGGAUUGUUGGCGGUGAGGAUGCCGACAGCAAGGAAUUUCCCUAUCAAGUAUCCCUUCGUCAAUUCGGUUCACACAGCUGUGGCGGUUCAAUUUUGGACACUGGCAACGAGAACACUACCGGCUGGUAUGUGGUCACAGCUGCGCACUGUGUAACACCCAGCUCUCCGCAAUAUCAUCGCGUAGAGUAUGGCAUAACGCAGCUCGGUGGUACCUCCGAUAAAGUGGUGGACGUUGAUCGUAUCUUCCGACAUGAGAACUACAACCCAAACACCAUUGACUACGACAUAGCCUUGAUCAAAGUGGCAACACGCAUAACGCUUAGUGACUUGGCUCAGCCGAUACGCAUAGCCAAUGCAACCCCACAAGUUGGCGCAGAUGCCGUUGUCACUGGUUGGGGUAGCGUGCAAGAAGGCGGCUAUUUAUCGCGCACUUUGCAAAAGGUAGCCGUUAAAAUAGUCGAUCGAUUUGAGUGUGCCGGGCAGUAUUCGCAAUUCAAUGCCGUCACGGAACGCAUGUUGUGCGCGGGGGUGCCUGAAGGGGGCAAAGAUGCUUGCCAGGGCGACUCUGGUGGGCCGCUGGUAGUAGGUGGUGAACUGGUGGGCAUAGUGUCGUGGGGUGUGGGCUGUGCUCGUCCUAAUUUACCUGGUGUAUAUAGCGAUGCUGCUGUUUUAUGGCGAUGGAUAGAGGAACAACUUGGAAAAUGA